CGGAACCCACGGCGUGGCGUCCGGUGUCUUUCCUCUCCCGCUGGUGGGAAGGUGGUCCUGGGACGAAAAAACAUCGCCAGAAAAAGAAAAAAAGUGACCGACGGAAGAAAAACUUUGCGAGUUAUACAUUAUAUAAAUAUAUAUAUAGUUCUCACCACACACACAUACUCAUUUGUAUCUCGAUGACGAGCCGUGGCGCUGCGGAGUUGAGCCGACGCGUCGCCGACCAGUGAAGCGACGGUUCGGGAACAAAGUUGGGAAAGUGCGAGUUGAAAAUGGAGAGCCCAGCUGAGUGAGAGUGGGGUGAGGAGGCUGGCUCUGGCAGCAGUCCUGCCCCGCUGCUAGCGGGCUAGUUAGCUCCGACCCGCCGCUUAACUCGGACAACUGAUGAGAGCUUUCCGUCGCUGUUCUCUCCUGAAGGCCCGCCAUUCUCCAGGGGAGCUGCUUUAUCUGUGGCAAGGCCGCUGCUGACAUUGAAGCUCCCCCUCCCCCCCUCAAUGGAUCCAAGGAGAGUUGAUGUUCUUAUUUUCUCUGGAAGCUCUGCCUGAAUCCCCCCCCGCUCCUUCCCUCCAGCCCCCCGCACUUAAACCUGCUUUAGAGAACCUCUCUCCCUCCCCUGCGCCCGAUCAAUCAUUUUACAAUUUGUAUUUUUGUUGAACCCGUGAGCAUCCACGCGAGCUGUAAUCAUGCUCAUACUCAUUCUCACAACAUUCAACAAUGCACGCCAUCUGAGAUGGGGCCCUGGUAGGUUCUUCCAGGGGCUCGAGGUACGUUCAUGAACUCUGGCUUUUUAAGUGGACGUGUAUCAGAGGUGCGUUCAUGAACCCUCGGUCAGAGUCUGGGUACGACCUGGAUGUUGGACGCCCUGAGUGUGUUGGAUCAGCUGUUGCGGUGAUGAGGCAGGUCUCCUGGUGGCCCGUGUGGCUGGCUGGGCAGUGGCCCAAGGUGAUGUGAUGGGGUGCAGGAACAGCAAGGUCCUCCCUGAGCCUCCAGGGGACGUCCAUUUGGACCUGGUCAAAAAGGUCGACCCUCUUCAGACAGAUAUCUAUAAGCACUUCAUACGAGGGGAUGGCACGCGGAGCAAGGUGGGUGGAGCCGGCGGGGGAGGUGACAAGGCCGACUCCAACUCCCCGUAUCAGGCCCAAGCUGCCACUCCCACUCCCACCGCCUCCGCCCCGCCCCCUAAGGACCCGUCCGAUCUGUCGGACCCUCAGCGAAAGAAGGUGGCGAAAUACCGGGCCAAGUUCGACCCCCGGGUCACGGCCAAGUACGACAUCAAAGCUCUGAUUGGCCGCGGCAGCUUCAGCCGGGUCGUCCGCGUGGAGCACAAGAGCACGCGGCAGCCCUACGCCAUCAAGAUGAUCGAGACCCGCUACCGCGAGGGGAGGGAGGUGUGCGAGUCGGAGCUGUGCGUCCUGCGUCGCGUCCGCCACACCAACAUCAUCCAGCUGAUGGAGGUCUUCGAGACGGCGGAGCGCGUCUACAUGGUGAUGGAGCUGGCCACCGGCGGCGAGCUCUUCGACCGCAUCAUCGCGCGCGGCUCCUUCACGGAGCGCGACGCCACGCGCGUCCUGCAGAUGGUGCUGGACGGCGUCAAGUACCUCCACACCCUGGGGAUCACCCACCGGGAUCUGAAGCCGGAGAACCUCCUCUACUACCACCCCGGGUCCGACUCCAAGAUCAUCAUCACCGACUUCGGCCUGGCGAGCAGCAGGAAGAAGGGCGACGAGUGUCUGAUGAAGACCACCUGCGGCACGCCGGAGUACAUCGCCCCCGAGAUCCUGGUGAGGAAGCCCUACACCAACGCCGUGGACAUGUGGGCGCUGGGCGUGAUCUCGUACAUCCUGCUGAGCGGAACCAUGCCCUUCGAGGACGACAACCGCAUGAGGCUCUACCGGCAGAUCCUCAAGGGGAAGUACAGCUUCUCCGGAGAGCCGUGGCCCAGCGUGUCCAACCUGGCCAAGGACUUCGUGGAGCGCAUCCUGACGGUGGACGCCAGCGAGCGGCUCACGGCGGGCCAGGCCUUCAAGCACCCCUGGGUGGUCAGCAUGGCCGCCUCGUCCUCCAUGAAGAACCUGCAGCGCUGCAUCUCCCAGAACCUCCUGAAGCGGGCGUCGUCGCGCUGCCACAGCACCAAGUCGGCCCAGUCCACGCGCUCCAGCCGCUCCACCAAGUCCAACAAAGCCCGGCGGGUGCGAGAGAAGGAGCUGCGCGAGCUGAACCGCCGCUAUCAGCAGCAGUACAACGGCUGAGAGGCGGCGCACUUUUGAAACGCCGCCCUCGCCGUUUAAAGUCGCCGCCGGUGGCGGAGGCGACGUCCCCGAAUGAUUGCCGUGGGGGAAAAAAUGACUUAAAGGACCAAAAGUAAAACAGAAAAAACCAACCUGCGAGUUGACGAGGACACAGACACCAGCCAGGUGUCGAGCUCCCCGUGGGUUACGCCGUCUCCAUCCGUUCCUUCAGCCUUCUGUUCCCGGCAGGAUGGCGCCACUUCCACUCCUUUUUGUGUAGCUUUUUUUGUUUUGUUCUUCCAAUCCCUUUGUGCCUCUACAUAUUUAUUUAUUAUUGUUGACGUGAUUAUGAGUCUCUAUCCAAGCGGUCACUGGAUGAUGACCUCUCCACGAGGAUCUGUUGAACAGAGUUCUGGGUUCUGACGUUUCUAAGAAGGAAGGGAUCCUUUCAGACCCCCCCCCCCCUCCACCCCCCCCCCACUCAUUCCUGAUUGAGGGAAUUUGCUGUGAAUUAAUUAUUGUGCUGAUUGUACGGGCCGUGUCUCACGAUGGGGGCGAGCGCGCGGCAACAGAAGGUCAACAUGAAGUUGUUUUUUAUUUUUUUUAUUUAGUCACCUCUUCAGCUUAUCUCCUCUUGCCAUUAUCGCUCUGUUGAUUUCUUAUGUUUUUCCUUCUGAAGCUGUCAAAAGAUUGUGAAGCUGUUUUAGCCGUUAACUCUUCAGCGUGUUGGACAAUAACGACGUGUGAUGCUAGCAGCUCGUGACGCUAACAGCUCGCGACGUUAGCAGCUCGUGAUGCGAGCGACUUCCUGUUUCCAGUCGCCUCAUUCACGUUUUCUGUCGUUUUAAUGGUGCGCUCUGACUUUAGUUUGCGAUGGAACCAACGUCUUCCUGGAUUUACAAGCGGCCGGUGCAACCAAACCAAAGUCCUGCCGUCUGUCCCGGCUAGCUGCAGUUUCGUUAGCCGUGUUAGCAUUCAGCAAAGAAAAAAGAAAAGCUGUCAACAAUAUAUUAAAAUGUUCUUGUUUAAAUGUUGCUGCCAUAGUUACGGGUGUAUACUCAUUUAACUCAGAAUAUUGAGUGAAAAUCCCAAACCUGAUUUCAAAAUGAAGAACACCACUGAAGAUUAUUAUUAAUAUGUAUGAUUAGGAUUAGGAAAGAUUUCUGAAUUACAAAAAGUUGGCAUUCGCCGUCUUCUGCAAAACGCUUUCUUUUGUCUGUAGAAGUGACCUUGAGUGUCUUUGCCCGUUCAGGAUUUCGUGAUUUCAGAGCUACUCGGAGCCUUUUACAAUAAUGAAAGUAAUAAUCUGAAAUGACACUAGACACGUGAUUUAUUCUUUUUUUAAAAUAUCGUACAGUUUCAAUGUUAAAAGGUCGCAUGUCAGUAAAGUUCCUGAACUUUAUUAAAUCGUUAAAGCAAAAAGUGAAAUAAAUAAAGGAGGCGACUUCCUGGUUUUUUUUUUAACGAUUAAUUCCAAAUGAUUGAUCCUCAACUUGAUCAAAAUUAUAUAUUUAACCAUUGAAUAUUUUCCCAAACAUAGCAGAACUUUUCUUUUUGUUCCUGAAGCACUUAAUGUAUACAUUUAAAUCUAAUGUUUGUGUUUUUGGGAGCGUGUGUGUACUGGGUGGUCUUCUCUUCUUUACUUGAGUAUGUUUUGCUGUGAUCGACCCCCGGCGUGUAAAGUGUGUGUCGCUGUUUGUGAACUUUAUUACAUUUUUGUAUUUUCUUUACACAUACUGGAAACGUAACCGAGCCAUGUCAGCUGACCUCAGUUUUUUUCUUUUUAUUCUUUCUUUUUUUGUUCUCCUUUCUUUUUGUCUUUGUCCUUUCCGGUUGUUUCAGGAUGCUCGUCAUCUCGUGCUGCUGCCCGCCCCGAUGUCUCGCCUCUCGGUGCGACUUAAUCGUUCAUAAAGGACUAUUAAUGAGGCUAACGUCGGAAGUGGCACACUCCGAUCUCUACAAUUCUUAGAGCUACGCCACCCAAAGUGGCCGGGUGUAGUUUCCAUCACAGGGACAGCAUCCUAAAAGAGGGUGCCUCAGUUCUGGUCGUUGGGUCACGGACCGUGUGUUCGAACGCGGUCUCGAUCGUCACGGUGACAGAAGUAACCGCGUGGACUCCGAGGAGCUGCCGCGGUCGAAGUCGUCUGCAACGUUGUCCGGCGCCCGAUCGUAAAUGAUGUUCAGCGAAAAACCAAAUCGGCUCGUCAGCAGCUUCGCCGAACUUCAGCACGUUUUAUAAAAAGCGUUUUCCUUUCCGUGUUUUUAUAUACCCGUGUGAUUUUUAUAUAAAUGCUGUCGUCCGAAAUGAAAUUGCCAACUCAUCACUGUUACCGGAAAACAGGUGUGUGUUUUUGUUGGUGUUGUAAUUGUGUCUAAAUGAAUGAUAACACUUUGAUUCUGCUACCAUUAACUUUUUUUUUUUUUAACUGUGAGUUCUAAGUGCCAAUAAAACACUCAAACCGGA